CUCCGACUUGUGCUUGACAGAACGUAAAACUGGGGGCUUGCACGCCCCCCUGCAGCGCUGCUCUGCGUACUCCAAGCUUACCGCCAUCCAUAGUCAUUAUGCGCAAUGGACGCACUGAGAUACAGCUUUAUCGAUAUAGGCGUGAGCAGCGCGACCCAAUAAAUUGACCAGGCGACGCGUGGAAGCCUUCACAGCAUCCAAGCGGACUGGUACAGAAAGGGCCCAAAGUCGACAGGAUGUGCGUCAUCUGCUGGAAGGAGUUCAGCGACGAGAAUCCAGCGUACAAUUUGGGCUGUGGUCACUACGGCUGCGGGGCCUGCCGAGCAAACGUGUCCAAAUGCCCCGUCUGUAACAGCACAGUCGCUCAGGGGCCUGCAGUGGCCAGCGCACGCAAGCGCGACUCGGGGUCAGGCCAAAAGCAGCAGCACCCUCACCACCACCAGCACCCCCAGCACCACCUCCACCACCACCACUCACACCAACAGCACCACCAACAGCACUACCAACAGCAGGACCAGAUGCUGCAGCUACUAGGUUCCCCGCAGGGCCGGCGCGCGCGCGCGUACCAUGAACACAUCACGGCGUUCGUCACCGCGGCGGGCGCGGCCGCCGGCGGCCGCACGCUGGCUGCCACGGCCUCCGACGCAGAGCGUGCCUUCGACGACCUUGCCACCUCUAAUGAUCACCUCGCGCCGCUGGCCACGUUAGGCCUGGCGGACGCCGCCACGCCGCCGCGGCUGCGCAUGCUGGAGCGCACGCCCUCCGGCUCCGCCGACGACGACCCCGCCAGCCGCGCCGGCAGCGCGGGCGGCACCGGUGGAGCUGCAGGCAGUGGCCGCGGCCGCGGUGCUGCCGCGAAGCGGGCAGUGGCGGUGAGCGCGCGGCACAUCGCGCACGGCAGCUACGUGGCGGGUCGGGCGCUGCUGUGGCACGCGCUGCUGCCGGCAGCGCGGGCCAGCUGCGCCGCCAGCUGCGCGGUGGCGGCGGCCACGUGCACCGCGGCGGUGGCGACGGGGCGCGCGGUGGCGGGCGCGGCGGGCGGCGUGCUGCGCUUUGCGUCCGCGCCGCGCGUGCGCGUGGCCGGCUUUGACGGCGAGCAGGCUGCUGCAGGGGCCGGAGGGGUGUUGGCGACGGCUCACGGCGGCGUGUCCUCGCCGGAGCCCAUCAGCAACCUGGUGGGCGGGCGCAUCCGGCUGGCGAGCUGCCGCGCCACGCGCCUGCGCGUCGAGUACUGCCGUGACUGCGUGCUGAUGGCGACCGGGCUGCAGGACUGCGAGCUGCUGCUGGUGGGCUGCAGCCAGCUGCGGCUGGUGCUGCGCGGCUGCAGCGGCCUGGUGCUGCGGGAGCUGCAGUGCUCCGACAUGGGCGACUGCGUGCGGCGGCGCUGCGAGCGCUUCAGUCAUGAGAUCGUGUGCCUGCGCUGCGCCUGCAAGCCCAUGAGCGGAGGCGGCGGAGGCGGCUGGGGGCUCGGCGGGAGCGGAGGCGCCGGGAGUGUGCAGCCAGCGCCGCCGCAGCAGCUGCAGCCGUACCAGCAGCAGCACUACCCGCACCAACAACAGCAGCAGCAGCAACACCAGCUCUAUCCGGUCCACCAGCAACAGCAACAACACCACUUCCAGCAGUUCUUGCACCGCUACAACUCGGUGUCGUCCUCCACCUCCUCCUCGGCGGUGUUUCAAGGCAACGGGCACUGGCACUGACCUUGAAGUGGAAACGGCGCGCGCUGUGACCGCGCAUCACCGGGCAUGAUCACGUAGAUGACCCGUGCGGUCUUAGGGCAGGCGCUGCGUGAUCCCGUUAGGGUGGGCACCAGGAUCGGGUGCCGACACCAUACGUGGGCAGCACUGGGCGGUAAGGACGCGACAUUGCACAGACGGGACAGUCCGACCGCAAGGGCGCGCCGCAGCCCUGGUAAGCGGGGCCAUCUCGGGCUCUGAGAGAAAGUGGCAUUUACCAAUCUGAUAAUGUUUGUACGUUGGGGCGCGAGUAUAUGUAUCAAAUGUCAUGGCAGGCGUCUAUGCGAGGACUAGGCAGGCAGAGUUGCCGUUUCGCAGAGAGCUGGGCGCAGGCAGCAAGGUCAGCAGUUAGUUAGAGCGCCACUCCGAGGUGUGGGAAUGAAGGGGGCUCGAAUGUGGCCACGAUUGCAGGGCAGGGGUCUGAUUUGAAACUGAUUCUUGUGUAGGGUAAACUUGUUGUUGCCGCCUUGUUCUCCCGCAUCCGCCUAUUCUCUUCCUCACGUGUACACUAGUUUGCCCUCGUCUCUUUCUCUGUGAGGGCACUGGCUCUAUGAUUCUGUGAGCCAGGAACGCUGCCGUUUUGCAGAUGGCGGCGGGCGUGACGGGCGGUUAUUCGUCUCUCAGGGGUGCAUUUUUACAGGGUAAUUUAAAACUAGAGACCAUCAGAGGGCAGCAUAUUGUUGUGUAGCACCUGUAACUUGCCGACACGGGAGCAGCCGUGAGAGGUGACAUAGUUGCUGAGGCCGCGGAGCUGCGGAGCGGUGGGAGCUGGCCGUGUGAAGGGGUUUCGGUUUCUUCAGGUGAACAUGGCCCGGUCCGGUAUGGACUGGAGCGUAGCGCCGACGCAUAAGGCACUGGCCACGCGCGGGACUGUGGGCACGGGUUUCUGGCAUACGGGCCAAGGCAUCCGAGGAGUCGUGUUGUAAUGCAUCACAUCC